GGUAUCAGCUGAUCGCAUGUAGUCCUAUUCACGCGGUCGCGUCGGACAGUUCCUUUCGAAUCUCUCUCUUUCUCUCGAUUAAACCAUGAGUGCGUCGAAAGUGCCGAGCAACGAUUAUUCCGACUAUCGCAGUCCUCUGUCGACCCGGUAUGCCUCGAAGGAGAUGCGCUACAAUUUCAGCGACCAGCACAAGUUCAGCACGUGGCGCAAGCUCUGGAUUUACUUGGCCAAAGCUGAAAUGGCGCUCGGCCUGGCGAUCAAGCCGGAACAGAUCGUCGAAAUGGAGGCUCAUGUGGACGACAUUGACUUCGAGGCCGCCGCCAGGGAGGAGAAGGCGACGAGGCACGACGUGAUGGCGCACGUUCACGUAUUCGGUGAACAGUGUCCCCGGGCUGCGCCUAUCAUCCACCUUGGCGCGACCAGUUGUUAUGUGGGCGACAAUACGGACCUCCUGGUACUCCGCCAGGGCUUCGACAUAUUGCUUCCGAAGCUAGCCGGCGUAAUCCAGCGCCUCGCGAAAUUCGCCCAUGAGAAUCGCAAUCUGCCUACCUUGGGCUUCACACAUCUUCAACCCGCGCAACUGACGACGGUCGGCAAAAGGGCGACGCUGUGGUUGCAGGACUUGCUGAUGGACGAGAGGGCUAUUCGUCGCGCCAGAAAUGAUCUGAGAUUCCGCGGAGUUAAAGGCACUACCGGCACCCAAGCGUCUUUUCUUCAGCUCUUUAACGGUGAUGGGGAAAAGGUGAAGCAAUUGGACGCACUCGUGACUAAGAUGGCUGGUUUCGAAAAGCAUUACACCGUCACCGGACAGACCUACAGCAGAAAAGUCGACAUCGAAUGUUUGAACGUUUUGAGCUCACUCGGUGCGACAGUUCACAAGAUUUGUACGGACAUUCGUCUUCUUGCCAACAUGAAAGAGAUCGAGGAGCCCUUUGAAAGCACGCAAAUAGGAUCCAGCGCAAUGCCCUACAAGCGAAACCCAAUGCGCUCCGAGAGAUGUUGCAGCGUGGCACGUCACCUGAUGGUUCUCGUGAACAACACCCUUCAUACCGCAGCGACUCAGUGGAUGGAGCGAACGCUGGACGACUCGGCGAAUCGCCGGCUCGCCUUAGCGGAAGCCUACCUGUCGGCCGACUCGAUCCUGAUGACUCUCCAGAACAUCACCGAGGGACUAGUCGUUUAUCCCAAGGUCAUCGCCAGACACGUGGCGCAGGAGUUGCCUUUCAUGUCUGCGGAGAAUGUGAUCAUGGCCAUGGUGAAGGCCGGUGGCGACAGACAAGUUUGCCACGAGAAGAUCCGCGUGUUAUCGCAAGAAGCUGGAGCGCAAGUGAAACAACAUGGGUUGGAUAAUGAUCUGGUUGAUAGGAUCAGGAGAGAUCCGUACUUCACGCCGAUUUUGUCUCAACUGGACACUCUACUAGACCCAUCGACCUUCGUUGGUAGAGCGCCAGAGCAGGUGGUCGAAUUCCUCGAAGAGGAGGUGUAUCCCGUGCUUAAAAACUACCAGGGCUUGGAAAGCGGAAAAGUUGAACUGAAUAUUUGAUUAUAUUAUGAAAAUCUCUUCAUGCUCCUUCCAAAGAAGUCUGUUUGCGACGUUGGGUUAUCGUUUAGGGUUAAAAAUAUAAUUGAAAUUUUGUUGAUCAUAAAAAACAUGUGCACAACUUUAUUCAUCACGUUAACGUUUCUUAUAAUAUUGAAUAAGUUUAAUAAAAGUACAGAAAAAAAUAAUUCGCACUGUUUGUCGCAGAUGCGCACGCGCACGCGUUUUUCGUUGUCAAUCGGUAUUUCUUUUGCUUUAUCAUUGAUGCCGCAAUCUCUCUUUUCUUUUUUUCACUUUCUGCCAAUUUUACAAGUCUUCUCUCCGACGUAACUGCUGUGAUAGCAAGCGAUUAUAAUUAUUUAUAUACAAUAGAAAUAGAACGAAAGAUAUAGAUAAUAGAUAGACUAAUAGAUGCACAGAUAAAUGGACAGACAGAUAAGUAGAUAGAGAUGUAAAGAGAGAUUGAGCAAAAGCCAUGUAUGUAGACUAGAUUAGAAAUAGAAUUCAAAAUAAAAGAAAAUAUUCUAAAAUUAAAAAAAUAUAUCAAAAUUAUAAGAAGAAAAAUAAAGGCAGACGAAUAAUGAGUGAAAAAAGUUCAAAAGUUCAAAAAAAAAGGUAUAAUGUACCUAUUUUUUUAGAAAAAAGAAGACUAGAAGAAAAUGAAGAAACAAUAAGAAAUAAAUGAGAAAAUAGAUUCAAAAGAGAAAACGAUGGCAAAAAUGAAAGAUAAUGAAAGUAAUGGAAAUAAUGAAAUUAGAGAUAAUAACAGUAGAAAAUAUCGAUAAAUUCGAUAAAAAGCGUAAAAAAAUUCCAAUAAAGAGAUGAAAGGAAAAGGAUAGGUCAAAACAUUAUAGAAAAAUGAUAAGAAAAAAGAUAAACAUUUUCAAAGAUAAUAAGAGCGUAAUAUGGCGAAAUAAAAGAGUUGAAAAUUGUGACUAAAAGCUUAAUAGAGAUACAAUAGAUAGAUGGAAAGAUUACUCCAGAGAAAAUAAAAGAAAGCAGAACAAAGAAGAUAUAUGAAGAAGAAAUAUAUGAAAUAGAAAUAAAGAAAUUUUUAUAAAGAUAAAGAAAUGAUGAAAAAUGAUGAGGAAGGCAAAGAAGUAGAAGCGGAAACUGAGCGAAAGGAAAUAGGAAAAUAGCAGAAGAGAAAAACGGAAGACAUGAUAAAGAUGAUAGAAAAAAUAUAAAUGUAAUAAAGGAAAUCUAGAGAAAGAGGAACACGUAAAUUUUUAACGGAGAAAGUUGUUCCUUAAUUGCGUUAUCGUAGCGAAGAAAAUAAGGAAGCGAUAAAAUGUCGAAGAAAAUGAACCAAAAGACGAGGGGAAAGUUAAUGCGAACAAAAAAUGCUAGAAAGUGAACCGGAAGAAAUGCAAAGCGAAAGCUGGAAACCGGAGAAGUUCGUGUUGGUUUACGAAAUAAUUAGUUUAUCAUUCUACUUAAAGAAAUUGUAAAAUUAAUGAAAUUUUAGACUUAUUAAGAAGAAAUAGCUAUCACAGAAUGUUAAGUUCAUUGAGAAGUUUUAGAACUACGAAUUAGGAACUCUAUUUCAGCACACAAGAAAACUUGUAGAAAAAAAAACUUGAAUUUUGCAAAAGCAU